CUACAAACAAAACAAACAUCGCGAGACAGCCGGUCAGAGGGCUGAGCACGCAGCCCGGCCAGGGGAGCUAACUUUUAAAGGCUAGUAGUGAAAAUAAACAAACCAUUUGUUUAUUUUAAGGAUGAACACCAGUUUGAAACACUGGAGGGAGGCGGCCACCCUUAUUUUAGCCGCAGGACACAGGCUCCGCGCGGACAGUUUCCCCUCAAGGACACCGCUUACCUCCGCCUCCGGUUCACCGCUGGACAGCAGCUCCGGACGGUCACACCUGCCGCACCAGGCCCGCUUUGACUACGACGUUUUAAUGCUUAAACGAAGCAGUAAAAGUGGUUUCAUGCCCAAUGCAUAUGUGUUCCCCGGUGGCAUGGUGGACUCCUCGGACUUCUCCAGUGAAUGGCUGGACAUUUUUAAAUCCUUUAGGAACUCGCCAAAUUUUGGUUUGAGAUCUGUCACCCAGCCGAUGGAGACCAGACCACCCAUGUUCGCCACAGACCGAUUCAAACUGGGCUCUCCCAUCUCCGGAGAGGUCGCCUUCCGGAUCUGCGCCUUGAGGGAGACGUUUGAGGAGUCCGGUGUGCUCCUGGUUGUGUCCAAACAGGAGGAGAAGAGUUUGUUAAAAAGCAUAGAGGACAGGUGUGAUCGAGUACAACAUUACAGAGUAAACGACCUGUGCAGUACUGAACUCACCAAGUGGAGGGCUCUGGUAAACCAGAACCCGUCCAACUUUAUCAGGAUGUGCAGAGAGUUGCAGGUGUUGCCCAACAUCUGGGCUUUACAUGAGUGGAGCAACUGGCUGACUCCAAAAAGGCGAAAUCCGAGGUUUGACACAGCUUUCUUCAUAUGCUGCCUGCAGGAGAUCCCAGACACACUUCAGGAUGAGAGGGAGAUAGUGCGCUUUCAGUGGUCCACACCCUCAGAGGUCCUCCAGAGCUACCAGGCACGGGAGUUGUGGAUUGCCCCUCCACAAUUCUAUGAGUUGAGCCGCUUGUGCCGCAUCCCUCUGCUGAAUGACCUCCACAAUUUCUCGAGCCAGCGUGCCACGGAGGGCUGCGAACAGUGGCUGCCUGUUGUUUCCCCUAAAGAUGAUCUCUACAUAUCACUGCUGCCAGGUGACAAACAUUACCCGUUAGACAUGUCAGUAGAGGCUGAGGUGGAUACCAACACAGACCAUCAACUAGAGGAGCUUCAAGAUGAUUCUGCACUUCACCGCUUUGUGAUCUCAGAUCCAAACACUAUAAAUCUACAGAUCACCAUCACACCCAGAAACAAUCAUCUGCUCCCUGUUUUAGAGAGAACCUCCACACAUACCUCAAAAAGUCAGCUGUGACUUGCCCCGCCUCCUCUGUGCACAUGUAAUGCAGCAAGACAAGUUUGCAGCUUUGAUAGUAUCAGAAGAGCCUUUGUCUCAGCAAAGGUUUCAACUUGUCAUCGUAGGAAAAGCACACAUGAUUAACAAUGAAUUAACAAAGAUUAACAAAGGGCCUGUUCUGUUCAUGUGUCACACCACACUGUUAAAAAACAGAUGGAGGACUGAGCGUUGGUACUCAGUGCCUUUGAGGUUUCGACCGAAAUAACAGUACCAAGUAGCAUUGAAGUUCAGGCAAAUGAUACUUCCAUUCGAUCGUUUACUUGCAACCAACAACCGCAAGCAAUCUCGAUUUAAUGUGAUGUGUGAUUUUCCCACUGCAGCAGCAGCUACAACCGUGUGAUGCAGUCCACUGUGGUGUUUUCUUUUUGUAAAGGUCGACAGAUUAUC